CCAGCUGGCGGCCCCGAGCAGGAAGGCGCCCUGCAGCUUCUCCGGCGUGGAGGCUGCCCGACAUGCCUCUGUGGGUGGGGGGGCGGCGGGUCGACCCGGCUCGGCCCCUCCGCGACCUGCGCGCCUUCCCGGAGCUGGAGGAGCAAGCCAAACAGUUCCGCAGCCAACCCGCUCAAGCGGUGGGACCAAAAGGACUUCUCUAUGUCCAGCAAAGAGAAUUUGCAGCCACCACGUCCAAAGAUGGUUCUGUUUCCAUUCUUGGUUCAGACGAUGCCACCACGUGCCAUUUUGUAGUUCUGAGACAUACAGGGAGUGGAGCAAUUUGUCUAACUCACUGUGAUGGAUCAGAUACCGAAACAGAAGUUCUGCUGAUCGUAAAUGCAGUAAAAGUGCUUUCUCUAAGCACAGACUCUGGAAGGUUGGAGUUGCAUCUGGUUGGAGGGUUUUGUGACGAUCGGCGCUUGUCUCAGCGUCUUACCAGUCAACUGUUAAGAGCGUUUGACCGCUUGUUAGAUAAUGUUUAUUUGAUGACCUUCUGUGUCACAGAACUGAACGAUCGCCAAGAAAAUGGCAGGCAUUUGCCGUAUAUUUAUGGAAUCGCUGCGAAUGUUAAAACGGGUGAGAUUUUCCACGCCACAUUUCCAGACCGAGGACCUGAUGAAGACAUGCGGUCUGCCAGGGUCUUAGCAGGAGCAAAGAUGAUCAGCAUUUAUGACUCCAAGAAGGAACAACUUUGCAUCGGGCCUUACUACUGGAUUCCUUUCCCCCACGUGGAUUUCUGGUUGGAGCAGAGCAACCAGAGCAUCUUACAGAAUCUCUCCACAUCGCCACUGGCUGAGCCACCUCAUUUUGUGUCACACAUCAGAGCUACCCUGCUUUAUCUAAGAGAGCAUCCGUACCCCGAUAAGACCCUCUUCCCGACUCAAAAACCUCGCCUCUACGAAAAAAAUCCCGAGGGCUUGUGGGAGAGGGUCUCUGGCCAGAUCUAACCCAAAGUGGAGAAACCCAGGAGUGCUCUGGAAGUGAAAGUCAAGAAAGGUGUCAGGAGACCCUCUCUAUGCCAUGGACCUUUACCUGGUGAAGCCCCCCACCCACAAAAGACAACAGGAAAAACCAGUGAGUUGCAUUCAUGGGAUGGUCUUAACGACCCUCAAAAUAUCCUGUGUUUUCCAAAACAGGCUGCUCAGUCCGAUGCAAAAUUAGGUAACCUUUUCACAUUUCAUGGAGUUGGGUCCAAAGUUCUCAAGAACGUAAAAUGGGCCUCCGCGUCAUUUGCAAAGGAGGAGGAGGAGGAGCCUCCUUUGUUGGUACUCCCGGUCCCUGCUCCGUCAAAGUUUUCUUGCUUUUAGUCGUUUCUUCAAGACUGGCGUCUUAUGCGAAGCCGCCAUUCUGCUUGCUUCAUCGGAGCGAUGUCCUUGAUAAAAUAUUGGCUGGAGACGCACAGGACCUUCCUGUGGGCACGUUCUCACGUUGGGAAUGAAGCGUUCUGGUCCUUCAGAUGGUCCAUUUCGAAGUCAGACCUGUUCUGGUGAGGUUGGAAUGACCUGUUCUGAGAUGAGGAUGCUUCUGGUAGAGUUAGAACAUGAUCUUGACGCCAGAUGUUUCGGCGAGGCCCUUCCGAUUUUGCUCUUCUCUGGAACUAUCUCAAGAGUUGAUGUGGGCGUUUUUGAACGAAGCUAGGCCUUGUUUGUUCCACACGAGGAGAAACGUCUCCAAGCUAAUAAUAGAUGUUUGCGUUGAGCAGUAGCUAAAGAAUGCCAACCGUGACAUUUUUCCUGGACCGAGGACCAAAUGUAUGCAGGCAAAUAUGUUGGGUGGGAAGUUGUCUACAUACCUAUCCUAUGAUGGGGGACUUUGGAUUCUAGUGCAGCUUAACACAUUAACAUGUGAUUCACCUCCGUUCCUUUUUAGAAGUUGAUUUUUCUACAAUAAAGCUCCAUAACUAGUCAUCAUUCCUGCAAGGAAAAAAACCCACGUGACUUCAGAUACUACUUUUACGGUACACGGUUUGUAUGGGCGAGAUUCUGAUUUUUUGGUUUCGGCUUUUGUGUGUGUGUGCGCUGUUAUUUUUCUCCACUGUUCAACUUCCUCUUCUGUCGAAGAGAAACUGGUAGAAUCUGGAUCUAGUUCUCACCAUCGCUGAGCACUGGAGGAGGCGGGGUUUUCAUUGAACCAGAUCCAUCAAACCGUUGAAUGUAGCCAAAAUAAUAUUACGAUUAAAAAAGCAGUCACAGCUUAAAUCUUC